AUGGCUCAGCCUGAACAGAUUACCACCACGGAUAUCUCUAAUUGCCUGGGAUUUAAUCUUGAUUUAAGUGUGAAGGCUGAAGGUGUUGAUGGCAAAGCUAAGAUAGAAAAUGAGAAGUGUAAAAAAGUCCUUGGUAAUACAGAACAAACUGGAAAUAAAUCUGGAGUGAUAGACAAUGUUGUUUCUUUUGUUGAUGGAGGCACAACACAAUUUGCCUCAACCCUCGGGCAAAAACUUGAAAGAGGAGAAAGGGCAAUUGAUUUGGAAAUCUAUGUUCAAUGGGCCAUUUCUCUUGCUGAGGCACCAGUCCUUAUAAAACAAAAGCCCAAUGCUAUUUAUUCUCUUAUUCCAGUUGAUGUAAAAGAUGCUCACACAAAGAAAAUGAAUUUGGAGAGAGCAAUUGAAGAUUACCUCAACGAAUUUAGUGUGUGCAAAUGUCAACCCUGUCAAAAUGGUGGCACGACCUUACUGUUAGAUGGAGAAUGCAUAUGUAAAUGCACUCUGCAUUUUGAAGGGACUGCAUGCCAGAAUAGAAAGUCAGACAUUGAAAAACCACCAAGUAUCGCCAUCGAUGGUCAGUGGGGCUGCUGGUCUGUUUCAUCCGCUUGUAUAAAUGAAGAACAAACUCUAACACGUCAAUGUAACAAUCCUGCACCGGCAUUUGGGGGCAAACAGUGCCCAGGAGACAGCCAGAAGCAAAUCCCUUGUUAAUUGACAUGAUUAAAUUUUUAUAUAGUUGUGCUUCCUUAACUCUACAAUAAAUGGGAACAUGAAAUAAAGUCAAAACGGCCUGAACUAAUACUUGUGAAUAAAAUGUUGCUAUAAGGGCAGUCAACAUGAA